GGGUUUCAGUUUCUAGACACAGCAGGUUUUUAUUUUGCACCUUGUGUAUUGGAGUUUAUUUGCACUGGGCUGACGAUAUUUUGUAACAAGAGUGAAUGAACUCUGCUCUAUAUAAGGAACACAGUGCAGUAUAAAAGUUAAAGUAGGUUACAGGUAUCAGCAUGGAUUGGAAGUCCCUGUGCGAGUUGCUGCUGCUACCUCUGCAAAUGAUCUACUAUGUGCUCAAAGCCGCCGUGUGUCAGGUCUUGCCCAGCAAGCUGAGAGACUUGAGGGGGGAUACCGUCCUUAUUACCGGAGGGGGCAGGGGUAUCGGAAGAAACCUGGCCAAGGAGUUUGCUUAACAGGGAGCCAAGAAGAUUAUUUUAUGGGGUCGAACAGAGAAAUGUCUCAAAGAAACUACUGAAGAAAUAAGACAGCUUGGCACAGAAUGUUAUUAUUUCAUAUGUGAUGUUGGUAAUCGAGAGGAAGUUUACCAGCAGGCAAAAGCAGUACGAGAAAAGGUUGGUGAUGUUACCAUUUUGGUUAACAAUGCAGCAGUGGUGCAUGGGAAAAGCCUAAUGGAGAGUGAUGACGAUGCGCUCUUGAAAUCCCAGCACAUAAACACACUAGGACAAUUUUGGACUACCAAAGCCUUCCUACCACGAAUGCUGGAACUACAGAAUGGCCACAUUGUUUGCAUAAACUCAGUUCUUGCUUUAUCAGCAAUUCCUGGUGCCAUUGACUACUGCACUUCCAAAUCCUCUUCAUUUGCAUUUAUGGAAAGCUUGACCUUGGGACUCUUGGAUUGCCCAGGAGUUAAUGCAACAACAGUAUUACCAUUUCAUACCAACACUGACAUGUUUCAAGGAAUGAGAAUCAGGUUUCCAAACCUUUUUCCACCUUUAAAACCAGAAACAGUAGCUAGAAGAACAGUAGAAGCGGUUCAGAAGAACUAUGCACUCCUUCUGCUCCCAUGGACAAUGCAUGCACUUGUUGUUAUGAAAAGCAUACUUCCACAAUCAGCACUUGAAGAAAUCCACAGAUUUUCAGGGUCUUAUACAUGCAUGAAUACUUUCAAAGGAAGAACAUAAAUUUCAUGUGGGAAAAAGACAACUGUAAAGAAAGAUAAACUAUCCCAAUAAGGAUAUGGCUAAACGUCUUCAAUUUUAUGUCCUGGUUAUGUGGCAAAUGCCUUUGAAGCAUUUAUACUACGGUAUGGCCUCUGUUUUGGCCCUGUUGCUAAACUAUAAGGAAUAUGGAAGAAGACAAGUGACUAUACAGUUUUAUGAUUUUUAUGAAAAUGUUAGAGUUUUAUCGUUUUAAAUCGGCUGGUAGAAAAAGUUAAAAUAUUUUUUAAUAGACUUUUUAGCAGUGGUUUGAACAACUAUUUUUUUUAUGAAUAUUAUAGUCCUAAUCUCCAAGAUCAGUGCUAUUUAAAUCCAGUGUCUUUUUUGUUGUUGAACCAUGAAUGGUGGAUACAUUAACAUUUUACAAUGUAAUUUUCUCAGGUUUAUUGGUUAAAACCAUGAAGUACAUUUUUCGAACCCAGAGGCUAAUACUAAGUAGGUCUCAUUUAAAAUAUAUAUAUGUGUGUGUGUGUGGUAACCUUCUGAGGUUGAAAGCUCGUUUGGUUUGUGCGUUUGAUUUGUUUUUUUGUUUUUUAAAUAGCUUGAAUUAAAACACAGGUGUAAAAUAGAAAUUAUUCAACAGAAUGCCUUAAAGUUUGUGGUGAGACUUUUA